UACUAAUAUUAAGACUUGCUCUAAAAUAUUUGUGUUGCAUUUGAUAUUCAAAAGGGUUUUUUCUCAGCUUAUAUUAAAUUGAUGCAGCAAAGUGCUUCCAAAAUAGAUUAAGGCAUAAAUAUGGAGAAGCAGAGCAGCAGUGUAGUGGUUCGGUUGUUGGGGAGUUUGGUGGGCUAUAUGAGGAGGUUCCUAUUCCGCUUCCUGUCCGUGGGGCCCAUACCACGCCACAUGGCGUUCAUCCUAGACGGGAACCGGAGGUACGCCCGGAAGUGGAAGAUGGACGACAGGAUGGGGUACAAGGUGGGGUUCCUUGCCCUGAUGAGGCUGAUGAGGUGCUGCCAUGAGCUCGGGGUGAAGUACAUAACUGUCUAUGUGUUUAGCAUCGAGAACUUCAAGAGGAGGCCCGAGGAGGUGCAGACGGUAAUGGAACUGAUGCUCGAGAAGAUCGAAGGGUUGAUCAAGGAAGAGGGCAUAUUGAAUCAGUAUGGAGUGAGGGUGGAGUUUGCGGGGAAUCUGAAGCUCUUGUCUGAGCCUGUGAGGAUUGCUGCGGAGAAGGCCAUGAGGGUGACGGCUCAUAACAAGAGUCUCGUUCUGGUGGUGGCCGUCGCCUAUACUUCAACGGAUGAGAUGGCGCAAGCUGCUCAGGAGUGCUGCCGAGACAAGGCUGAUCGUGGGAGCCAGCAGCAGCAGCUAGUCGAGUUAGCAGAUGUCGAGAGGCAUAUGUACAUGGCAGUCGCGCCUGAUCCAGAAAUUCUUUUGCGCACCUCAGGAGAGAAGCGUCUCAGCAACUUCCUGCUCUGGCAGACUUCUAACUCGGUGCUGUAUUCGCCUGCGGCGUUGUGGCCGGAAGUUGGGCUGCGCCACCUCGUCUGGGCGGUGUUGAACUUCCAAAGAGUCCAGCCUUACCUCCACAAGAGGAGGAACCACCUAUAUCUUUCUACUCAGCAAUAA